AUGCAGUUGACCAGGUUAAUUGUAAUUGUGCUCAGCGCGGCGCUUUUGUUGCUGCUGUCGUCGCCGAUUGAUGCCUGGACGCCCACAUUGAUACCUACUUCGGGACCGGUCACCAUUUUGCCCACGCGUUGGCCGCUGUGUCGGCUGCCCGCUGUUUGUGCUGCGCGUAGUCCGCGUGUCUGCGGCCGCGCUGAGGAUGGUAUGUGCCGUCGCUUCAGGAAUAUUUGCGAGCUGUUGGAGCUGAAUCGCCCGGAUCUGAGCAGCAGCAAUCAGCUGACUUGGACGCACACCCAGGAGCGUGACUGCCGUACGGUGCGCGGCGUGGGCGCAGCAUACGCGACCUGGUGCCAUCAGGACUGUCCCAGGCGACCGGUGGCCUGUCGACGCACGCCCCGCUCCCAGGAGAUAUGCGUGCGUUCACGCAACCAUCGGCAGUGCAAGGUGGUGGCCAACCGCUGCCAGCUGCUAAACAGCAACUGCCACUCGCGUCCACGCAACAAUUGGCUGCCGGCAGACAAGCGCCUCUGUGGCCCGAUGCAGCUGGGUGAUAAGCCUCGUGCCUGCGCACCGCUGCCGCUCACUGGGAGGCCCGAUGUGACCAUUAGGCCAGUACUGCCCCCGCCGCCACCUCGGAACACGACCACCCGCAGACCAGGGCUUGUAAAUGUCACACAAACAGCUGGCUAA